AUGAGUGGGGCCAACACCUCCAGCCUGACACCAGUAUACUUUAUCCUGAAUGGGAUUGCUGGGUUGGAAGCCGCACACAUCUGGAUCUCCCUGCCAUUCUGCUUUAUGUACCUCAUUGCUGUCACAGGCAACUGUGGACUUAUCUACCUCAUUAUCCAUGAGGAGGUCCUCCACCGGCCUAUGUACUACUUUCUAGCCUUGCUCUCUGCUACCGAUAUUUCUGGGUGCAAUACAAUUGUCCCCAGUAUGUUAUGCAUCUUUUGGUUUAGUCUCAAGGAGAUUGGUUUCAAUACCUGCCUUGUACAGAUGUUUUUUAUCCACAUGUUGACAGGCAUGGAGUCUGAUGUGCUCAUGCUUAUGGCUUUCGACCGCUACGUGGCUAUAUGCUAUCCAUUACGCUAUUCCACCAUCCUCACCAACACUGUGAUUACCAAAGCUGGAUUGGCGACACUCAUCCGAAGUGUGUUACUCAUGAUCCCCUUUACUUUCCUGAUUAAGCGUCUUCCGUAUUGUAGAGGAAACCUCAUCCACCAUACUUAUUGUGACCACAUGGCUGUGGCCAAACUAUCUUGUGGCAAUAUUAAGAUUAAUGCUAUCUAUGGCCUUAUAGCUGCUGUAUUUAUUGGGGGCUUUGAUAUGUUCUGUAUUUCCAUGUCUUAUGUCAUGAUUAUCCAUGCUGUAUUGAAGCUGUCUUCAGCAGAUGCUCGCCAUAAAGCUUUCAGUACCUGCACAUCACACAUAUGUGCUAUAGUUAUCACGUAUGUCCCAGCCUUCUUCAACUUCUUCACUCAUCGCUUUGGGGGAAGCACUAUACCUCAUCAUGUCCACAUUUUUAUAGCCAACCUGUACCUUCUGCUGCCUCCCACCUUGAAUCCAAUUGUGUAUGGUGUAAAGACCAAGCAGAUCUGUGAAGCAGUCAUCAAAUUUCUAAUCGGCAACGUACUUGGUCUAACUAGAGCUUGCCCUUAG